AUGGCGUCGGAGGACAAGAAAGCGCCCAAAAGUCGAAUCGGAGGAAUUCGGACACUUUCCGAUCUGAACCGGAGGUCUGCCGACUCGGACAGUGACUCGGAUGGCCCCCAGGAAUACUACACUGGUGGCGAGAAAAGCGGAAUGCUUGUCCAGGAUCCUUCAAAGGGUAAUGACGUGGAUUCGAUUUUUGAUCAAGCUAGGGAAUUGGGAGCUGUAGAGGGGCCUUUUGAUCCUUCUAGUGCAUCUUCAAGCUCAAGAAGCUUUACUGGAACUGGUAGAUUACUCUCUGGGGAAACUGUACAAUCUACUCCUCAGCAGCCCGAGACUGUUGUUCACAACAUCAUUUUCUGGUCCAACGGUUUUACCAUAAAUGAUGGCCCGUUGAGGCCGUUGGAUGAUCCUGAAAAUGCAUCUUUCUUAGAGAGCAUCAAAAAGUCUGAAUGUCCAAAAGAGUUGGAACCUGAAGAUAGAAGUACCUCAGUUCAUGUCAAUCUAAUAAGGAGGAAUGAGGAAUGCCCAGAACCAGUGAAGCGCCGUGUUCCAUUUCAGGGUGUGGGAAGAACUCUAGGUAGCAGCUCUACUCCAGUAGCAUCUGAGCCAACAACUGCACCGACUCCUCUAAACACUGCUCCAACCCCAUCCGUUGGCCUGGUUGUGGAUGAAACGUUGCCAUCAACAUCGGUUCAGCUUAGGUUGGCUGAUGGGACCCGCUUGCCUGCACAUUUUAACUACCACCAUACCAUAAGUGACAUCCGCGCCUUCAUUGACACAUCUAGGCCAGAGGGUCCGAGGAGUUAUCAGCUGCAGAUUAUGGGGUUCCCUCCCAAACUCCUGAAUGACCCGACUCAAACAAUAGAGCAGGCAGGGCUUGCCAAUUCGGUUGUGAUCCAGAAGUUAUAG